ACUUCAACUCCAUUUCCCAGGCUCCACCGCGCGGUAGAACACGCGUACACGUCCUCGGCUGCACGACGCAUGCGUACACUUUACUUGGCUUUGUGCGACCGACGCGGAGUGAUGAGGUCGGAGGGGCGGGGCUAUUAGUAAGACUGAGUGGGAACAGGUACCCGUACAUCCCACUCUGUAUCAUCACGUGUCACUAUGACUAAACUGGCCCAGUGGCUCGUGGCUCUGAGUCUCCUGGGAGCCGCUUGGGUCUCCCUCAACUUCAACCUCCUGGGCCUGGACCUGCCGCUGCCCCUCCAGCAAGUCAUUUGGCCACUGCCCGUGUAUGUGCUGGUCACAUUCGGCUGCUUCUCUUUGGCUACUGUCGGCUACAGACUGGCAACCUUCAAUGACUGUGAGGAGGCCGCCCGGGAACUGCACCAGCAAAUCAGUGAGGCCCACAGAGACUUGACCCUGAAAGGCCUGAGACUGUGAUUAUUUCCUACUCGCCCCCGACCCCUGAACCAACCAACGACUCAAUGGUUUUGUUUUAUAAUAAACUCUUCCAUUUGU